AUGCAGCCGACAACUCGAUAUGAUGUGGGCCCCAAGCCGUCAUCGGAGCCGUGCACCAGGUGUCUGAAGAACGGCUCCGAGUGCACAUGGUUACCUUCUCGGAGGAUAGGCUCAAAGCGGAGGCUCGCGGAAGAGUCGAGUGGUGAUGCCAGCUCGCAAAGGGAGGAUUCACACCUCACGGAAACGUCUGCACCAGCGGAAGAUGUUUCAGACGCUUCUUCGCAACCGUUCGUGACACCGCCAUCGCUUCUUGUGCGGUCUUCCCAGGAAUUUCAGACGACUCUCAGUGAGCUGCUCUCUCCAUCGGAAAUCACAUCACCUCUGUCAUUUCUCGACCCGACAAUGCAUCUCAGCGACCAUGAGAUGCAAGACUUCUUUACUGUGGUCGGUUCUGCACCCAGUGUGGACAUAAUACCACCAAAUGAAGUCCAAGAGAUUAUCUCCCUCUAUUACACACACGUACACCACUUCUGCUACAUACUCCCUCCGUAUUCCAUCUUCAUAGCCUCAUCUCCACCGGCGAGCCUGGUGAUUCUCUCUGCUAUGGGCGCGCUUGUCUCCCCAUUUGCACCGGUACCACCUUCGACCGACUACGCCACACUCACCACCACCUUGCUAUCCACUGACACCACCACACCUUUACUACAGCAUAUACAAGCUCUCAUUAUGCUUGUACAUGUUGAAUAUGGCUCCGGGACGAUCGAUAUCGCACGAGAACGUCUCGCGACUGCUGUUCGACUCGCUGUAUCUAGCAGCAUGCACCAGCGUGACCUUGUGCAGGCCGGAGGGUCGUCUGCAGAUGCAGAAGCUGAGCGCAGAGUGUGGUGGGAGCUAUGGACGCUCGACGGCAUGCUUCAAGUUGUAAGCGGCCUACAUCGCAGUGUCUUAGGGGGUAUUUCAGCUGCUGUGAAUCUCCCGUACACGUGGCUAUCAUCUGGCCCAGAGCAGCAGCCAUCGGCAUUUGCGCUGCGUGCUCGCACAAUCUCCCUCCUGUUGGCAGUCUCAUCUCCGGCUACUACGGAACUAUCACAAGCUGUUCAGGAGGAACGGGCAAGAGCGAUUAUGACUGCCCUUGCUAACCUUCUCGUCCUUUCCCGUGAAAGCUAUGAUUGUUGCUCUGCGCGAGAGAUGAAUACCGAGGGGGAGGACGCCGUCAAGUGGCGAGCGAAUCGUGAGGCAGCUUUCAUGGCACUCAUGAUGAACUACGCUGCAAUGAUUCAUCUGUACCACCAACACAACAACGUCCUUUUACAGCUUACUAGAGACUUGGACGCAUGUUCGCUUAGCAGUUCUCCGUACCCAAUAAAUUCUCCACUGGCCCCCACUCCUCCUAUGGUCGACUUCGAUUUUGGGGUUCUUACUCCUUUGGCGCCGAACUUUGAAUUCAGACAAAUGACUACUCCCCCGCCCGUUGCUGCAGCACUGCUGUCGCGCGUUCCUGCUUCUCAUGUUGCGGCGUCUGUGGCUGCUGCUCAGUCUAUAAUGGCUAUUGUUCGCGAGGACUAUGAGCAUCAGCGGCUACGUUCGUUGGCCGUGUCUACAUCCGGUUCCUCUAAAACCAAUAUUGGCACAUCCUCACCAUCAUCUCGUUCUUCUCCUGGGAUCCCCUCUAUUCCAUGCCCUACAAAUCGACACCGUCCGAGCCACUCACCGUUCUUCGCCUGUUCGCAAGUUAUCAGCGCAUACGGUCUCCUGCUCGGAUUGGUGUCCAAUGGAGAGGAGGUAUCGUCAUGGCGUGACCUGGAGCUUCGUAGUGACCUGGAGAUGGUCGAAGAGACUCUGCGGAGACAGGCAACAGUAUGGAGAGUUGCGGGAGAACUUUACGCCUCCAAGAACGCGAUGCUUUUCACAACUUUCUUGCUGUCCGCUGCUGUCACUCUUUUGUCUGUCACGUCCCUACCCGUGAAGAGAGAUGUCGAUGUCAGCCUCGUACCCCAGUAUGGAGUCCAGCAAGGGAUAAAUCCCGAUGGAAACAAUUGUGAUGGCAUUGCCGGUUCGAAUGGCAAACCCGUUCUCAUUCCUUGCCAAUGCCCGCCAGAUCGCAACGAGUUCAUCUCGAAAUUGAAUGCGAACGUUGCCGCCGGCCACGUGCUCCAGAACCCGAGCGUGCAGUUGAGCUUCCCCUCAGAUAACUCAACAGCGUCCCAGCUAGCCCGCGUUUUCGCGUGCCUGGUGACUCUGCAGAACUUCAACAGCAGCGGUGUCGGUUGCCCGGCCUCCUCCACCACCUGGGUUGCACUUCAGCACUCCAUCUCGGAGGAGGGCUCUUCCCCAGCACCGUCUUCCGCAUCUUCAGUUGCGACUAGUCAGGCUGCUGUUGCUACUAGCCAAGCUGCUGUCGCUAGUAGCGUAGCUGCCGCCCCUACUGAUGUGUGCGGUAGUGUUCCUGCAGCAAGUUCGGCUGCCGCCCCUGCCGUAUCUUCCUCGGUCGCUGCCUCUGCCGCUUCGCCCUCAGUUGCCGCCUCUUCCGUGUCUAGUUCAGCCGCCGCCACUGCCACUGGCUCUUCUUCCGGUGGAGUUGACCCCAACUUGGUGCCGCAGUUUGGCGUUGAAGCAGGUGUAAACCCCGAUGGUACUGGCAACUGCGAUGGUGUCGACGGCUCUAAUAGCAAGCCUAUCUUAAUCCCUUGCGCUUGCCCACCAGACAGGACCCAGUUCAUCCAAAAACUGAGUGCCAAUGUUGCUGUCGGCAAAGUGAUCACCAAUCCGAGCGUGAACCUCACCUUCCCGAGCGACAAUUCGACGGCGUCGCAACUCGCGCGCCUGAACGCGGCCUCCGUCACCCUACAGAACUUCAACAGUUCCGGCCGUGGCUGCCCGAUUAGCUCGACCACAUUUACCGCGCAACACCAGGCCAUCUUGGAUGAGUCUUCGUAG